AUGGAGAAACUAGAGCCGAGGGCUAGGAGUCGUUAUGCAGACGAUGUUAAGCUGAGCAGAGAUGAGUUCAUUGAGAUGAUGACCAUCGAUGGUUGCUUCGUCCUGCAGCUCCUGAGGGAGGUUGGCGGCCGUUCUUCUUCAUCCCUCCUUCAAAGGUGGAUGUUGCCAACGCUGCGCCGCGAUUUAAUCAAGCUCGAAAACCAGCUCCCAAUGAUAGUUCUAGACGAAUUACUCGAUUUGGUCGAUGCCAAUUCUCGAUGUGAAUACUCGAUUCUUUCCCCACAGGACCUCGCGUUGAAGUUCUUCAAUCCGUUACUGCAGAGGGACUCACAUACAAAUGCUGCUGGUACCACCGGGAUGAAUGAGGCCUGUCACUUUCUUGAUCUAUUCCGCUCCAGCAUUCUCCCUGAGAUACAGGAUCAGGACCGGGAAAGGCAAGUGCGCAUGAUCCGAUCUGUAACUGAGUUGAGGGAAGCAGGAGUGGUCCUCGAGAAAUCGCAGAACAACAGGGCACUAGACGUCCGAUCCGAGGAAGGGUCCUGA